AUGUGGAGAACUGCAGUCCUGUUUAUUGCCAUUUUCGGGUGCAAUGUGUGCGCUUCAUUUUAUGGAUUUCCGUUGAUCACGAAGCCCAAAGAGAUAUGGGAUACCCUAACUAACAAUUUCACUGUUAACGAUUUCACUGUACUGAGAUAUCAACCACAGCAAGAGCAGGGGUUGGAAAUCUUUCCUGGAGAGGAAUGUGAUAGAACGUGCAGUGUGGAUGAACCUUCUAGAAUAUGUUACUACAAGUGGGUGCUGGAAAGCUACGCCGCCAUGGGAUCUGCAUGUUGGGACUGCAUUCGGGGAAAUCGCACGCACUGCUUCCAUCCACAGUGUGUCACCGCCAACGGAAUGGAACGUAGUAUUGUUUCCAUCAAUCGAAAGAUGCCCGGACCUUUGAUAUUUGUCUGCCAAGGGGAUACCAUUGUGGUCGAUGUAUCAAACGAAAUGGAGGGCAUGUCAGCCACUAUUCAUUGGCACGGCUUUCGCCAGAUGCAAUCGCCCUGGAUGGACGGAGUGCCAAUGGUGACGCAGUGUCCGAUAGCUCCCAGCACCACCUUUCGAUACAGGUUCGUAGCGGAAGAAGCAGGAACGCACUGGUACCAUUCCCACUCGGGGUACCACAUGGCAAACGGACAUCUCGGAGCCGCCGUUGUGAGAAACCCAUUGGACGUAAAUAUGGCUUUAUAUGACUUUGAUCUGUCGGAACAUGUGAUGUUGAUAUCGGACUGGACAUUGGAUUCGGCUGAACGGUGGGUUCCCGGACAGCAGAGCUCUCAAAUGGCGGUGGACUCAAUUCUAAUAAAUGGACGAGGGCGGUAUACCAAGGAAGAAACGGGAACCAAGGUAGACUAUACGCCAUUAACGGUGUUCCGCGUACGACGUAAUUAUCGUUAUCGAUUCCGAUUAAUUAGCGGUGGCAGUCAAUAUUGUCCUUUUCAAUUGCAGAUUGAAAACCAUCGAAUGCUAGUCAUUUCCACGGAUGGCGGUGCUGUUAAGCCACACAUGGUGGAUACAUUAAUUUCCAUAUCCGGAGAGAGGUAUGAUUUUGUUAUUAAUGCGGACCAACCCGUAGGUAACUACUGGGUAAGAGUUCGUGGCGCUGGUUUUUGCAGCACAUUAAGUGUAGAAACAUUUGCAAUUCUUUCCUAUGCUGAUCCGUCUAUUUCUACCGAAAGCCUCAUGUAUCCCACUCUUGAGCCACCCGAGUACGGCAAUGCGUACCCGAUGGGACAAACCCUAAACGAGCAAACUGCCACUUGCUACAAUUCGGAAGAUCAGUUUACGUGUGCCGCAGAUUUGGAGACACAUGAAGCCCACCGGGAUGACAAACUGAUAAAUGCUACACCGGAUGUCCGUUUAUUCCUCGGAUUCAAAAUGAUGCAUCCCGAUAACCGAUGGCUCUUCUCGGAGUACAAACCUUUCAUUACCGUACGCGAGGACUUCAACACCAUUGCAGCAGCCAAUAACAUCAGUUUCAGAUAUCCUAGUUUUCCUCUACUGAUACAACCGGAUCUCAUUAUAGACGAAAACAAACAGUUCUGCAAUAGUACUCAUCUUCCUCCAGGAUGUGAUAGGUUACAUCUAUGCUUUUGUACGCACCGGAUUAAAGUCAAACUGAAUGACAUUGUGGAGCUGACUUUGUAUGAUACAGCUUAUGAACGUCAAAACUUCUAUCAUCCCUUCCAUAUCCACGGUCAUCGGUUCAUCAUUACCGAUAUGGGAAGGCUACCGGAGAGCGCCAUCAACUCGCGGCUCAAGUACCUUCAAGGACGAAACUUCACCCAAAGACCCAACGGUCAUAACCCACCCUUUAAGGAUACGAUAUCCAUACCGAAUGAGGGCUUUGUGAAGACGCGCUUUAGAGCAAGCAAUCCAGGUUUUUGGUUUGUACAUUGCCACUUUGAAUGGCAUCUUGGAACUGGCAUGGGUCUAGUGCUGCAGGUCGGAGAAGUAUAUCAAAUGUUGAAAGCACCUCCUGGAUUCCCUCGUUGUGAUGACUACAAACCAGAGCUACGCGGGACGUAAUGAUGCAUUCAUGAACAGGAACGGGUUGUAUUUUUUUUUUAAUUACAAAGAUGACUGAAAAUAAAUUAAAGAA